GAGCACAAAGCCUCACCUCCUGCCUCCAGUUGUUUUCCCAGCAACAAGUGCUCUCACAAUUGGGAAUGAAGAAGCAGCACGCUUUAAAGUCUGCGUCCGGUCGUGUUCUCCUUUCUCUGAACAGUUCGAAUAUCCUGUGAAGAGGCGUUGCCAACAUUUUCAGGGGCGGGAUCUCCAGGAAUGUUAAAUUAAAGCCCAAAACUGACAAGAGUGACGAGGUCAGGCAUUGCGCUAUGUGACUGUAGGCUUUCUGCAUUAGAAUAAUUUACUGGUAACUAUGUUCAGCUAACGGAAGAAUGACACAGAGAAAGCCAUACCUCCAAUUAUCCUCUUAUCACCUCAGUCUCCCUUUGAAAUGGAUGAAAAAUAUUCAAUUGAUCGAUGAGUUUGAAAUGAGGAUGUCUACGUCUGUUCAAAGAUAUUUGAUUCUGGUUAUCGUUUCGCUAAUACCCGUUCUCGUGUACUGUUUCUUUCUGAAUGGAUCUUCAAACAGUAAAUUAAGGGAGAUAAAUUCAGAAUCCACUAACGUGAAGCAUAAUGUUACUCCUGAAGUGGCCAAAACAAUAAUUGCCAUGAAUUUUUGGGGUGCUAAUACAAAAAUUAGAAGAAUCGAAAGUUUGCUUCGAAAUGCUACAAAUGGAACCCGAGUACCAGUCUCCAAGGAGCCACCAUUCCCAGGAGACAAGUACGCCAUAGACGAUACCUACCUUUAUUCGGAAUGCCCUGAAAACUUGAGGGCACGAAUCACAAAAAUACCCGAGUUUAAAGAUGUGUUUUUGGGAACAGUCCCACUCCUGCAAUGGGAUAAACAUGCUACUGAAGAGGAAUAUCAAAGACUGAGCAGAUAUAAUGGAGCCCAUGGUUGGGAAGUAAUCAGCUACGAAGACCUGAAAGAUGCCUUAAGCUAUCUUAACACUUCCGCAAACACUUUCAUGUUUGACGACUGGGAGAAAAGACCAAAUAAAUCUUCCUGCAUUCGUUGCGCGGUCGUUGGAAACGGUGGAAUUCUGAAUGGCUCUCGGAAGGGCGAAGAAAUUGAUCAACAUGACUAUGUAUUCCGAGCAAAUGGUGCCAUCAUUGAAGGAUUUGAGAAAGAUGUAGGGACCAGAACAUCAUUUUAUACAUUUUCCACAAAUACAAUGAAAAAUUCUCUGUAUGCGUAUCACCGUUUGGGAUAUACUGCCCUGCCACAAUCGGAGGAGACAAGAUACAUUUUUCUUCCAGACCACAACCGAGAUUACUACCUGGUAAAAGCUGCCAUACUGAAUGCACCCAUAGACAAAGGACAUGACAAAUCCCAAAAGCCACCGAGAUAUUUUGGAGAAAACGUUGGACCUGUAAAGUUCAAAAUGUACCACCCUGACUUUAUUCGAUACCUUCGAAAUAGGUUUUUGUGGGCACAUAUAUUGAAGACUUCACACCGUAAUAUUUAUCGCCCUUCCACGGGUGCAACGAUGCUCCUCGCAGCUAUACAUUCCUGCGAUGAGGUUAGUGCUUACGGAUUUAUCACCGAAGACUAUGCAAAAUAUUCAGAUCAUUAUUUUGAUAGAGACUACCAUAAAUUGGUCUUUUAUUCCAAUCAUGACAUGAAAUUGGAAAUGAAGUUAUGGAAGAAAUUGCACGAUUAUGGGAUAAUUAAACUCUACACCAGAGAAGAGGAUCCAAGCAAGACGCAGAGAUGAACUUGAAUCUGAGAUAUGAAUAUCUGAUUUUUCAAGACUAUAUAUCUGGCCUUAUUACUGUCUUAGGCUUGGGACAUUACAGUGGGUUAUUUGGUGUCCUUAUGCCUCUGUCUCUUGGGAGUUGAAUCUGACCUGAAAUUGCAAGGUUGAAAGCAUCAUCCCUGACUGAUUUUCUUUUCUGAAGCAAAAUUGUGCUGAUUUCUCUCUCUGUCAGGUUGUGGUUCCACUCUGCUUGGGGGUGGAAAGCAUUGGAGAGAGGGAUGAGGGUGGAAGGUGGUCGAUGAACGAUGGAGGUGGACGUAUAUUUGGAGCUGCAUUCUCAAAUUAAGGAGAAUUGUACCUUUUUUCAUGGUGGAUUAGAGAUUUAGAUUUACAUACCUAUAAUUUUGCCACUGCAUCAGACUGUUUUUUGCUGUUUAUCGUUGGGACUUUAUAAGCCAAUUGAUGAUUUAAGUGCCUGGAACCUACUCAAGUGUAAACUUGUUCUGAAUGUUUGCUGGAAUGUGCCAAAAAAGGAUCUGAUAACUGUAUUUAAACAACUCGUUCUACAGUACUUUUGACCCAUGGAGGAAUCGUAUGCUGUAAUUUAGAUUAUUAUGUUGUAGCAUUGUGGUUAUGGACAUUAAUGUUGAAAUCAUAAAUUAUGUAUCUCAUUUUAAGUGAUUGUCUGACAAAACAUCAGAACCAAAAAAAGCCAUUCUGUUAAUGGCUUCAUAGCUCAGAUUUAACUUCAGGUGUGGAAACGACAAGUUGGUAGCUAGCUUGCUGUGACAAGCAAGAUUUCAAUUGCAGUCCAGCACAAUAUUGACUAGUUGGAGGCUUGGGGGUUGCAGGCUGUGGUCAGUGGGCAGAGAGAGAGCCCAGAGUGACUGUGGCCAAAUCUAUUCCUGUGGAGUCCACAAACACUCCUGUUUGUUCUGGCUGCGCAAUAAUUAUUUAUAUGCACUUUUAAGGAUGCACUUCUUCCUCUUCUCUUCUUCACAGCCUGGCUUGUCUGGACUGCAACCAAGCAAACCUUGGUCCAAUUAUCCCUUUGUUGUAUCUGUGUUGUGAGACCUCCAUUUGCAGAAGGUAACUUCUGAUUCAGGCAGAUGCCUGGGACAUCUAGUGGAAGCCCUCAGUAAAUAUGUUGACGGAGCAUUCACAUAGCAAAAGUGUCAAAUCUGCUACCGUCUCAUUUCCAUUGAGUUGAUGGAGUCACAAUUGGUUAUUAUUCCCACUGUUUCCUAACUUUUUUGUUCCAUCUUUAGUGGCUUCUGGUGCCUUUCAGAAGCCUCGAUUACUAACAAUUCACUACAUCAUACCCUAGUCUGUUAUGAACGUUUCCUUUACAAAUCUAUUUUUGGAUUUUAUUUCUGUGUCACAAUUUGAAAAUGUUUUGCAUUCAGAUUAGAUGUAUGAAUUAGUAUUCGUUGCUGCUUCCCGUUUUUGAAUGUUGUCAACAAUCAGCACUUCCAACUCGUACCAUGUAUGAGUGAAAAUUUAAAUCUGUAACUAGCUUGCCUUAAUGUGCCUUAAUUUACUUUUUAGAAGGGCUCUGUUAGUGCACAACACACACCAGUUAUUGAUACAAAUGCUGGCCUUCUUCAAUGAUGCUGGUAAUUUUGUCCGUGAUUAAUUUGCCAAAUUGGUCAACAGAACCUGGGUCUUGCAAAUCAUUAUUUUUGUUUCUGUUGAAUUUUGCUGCUGACAGCACGGAUUCCAUUGGGGAGGGUCAAUUCUUAUUACCCAAAAUGUCACAGCCUCCAGUUAAUUCCAAGUUCAACGGAGUUGGAGGUGAAAGAGAAGGAAAUGUUAGCAGCCCCUCAAAGCAGAGAGAAAAAUUCAGUUUCUCGGCUAAGAUCCAUACCCCAGUUGGGAUUGCUAUAUAUUCUCAAGAUUUGACAAUUUUCUCCUAAGGAGGAAAUGAAGGUGUUGUGAGGACAUUUACUGGCACAAGCUGUUGUAUUAGACACGGCGAUAUUAACACUAAUGUAAAAUUGGAGUAAACAGUUUGGGAUUAAAAUGACUGUAAGCUUUCUUUCGAAUUGACGUGCCUGUGUGCAUCAGCAAAUGGGAGGAGUAAUUCUCACCUUUUUUAUUUCUGCAUUUUCCCAUCAUUUGACAGCCUCCAGCAGCUUUAUUCACACAGAUAAAUAUCCUUUUUCACGUGAUGUAGAAAAUGAAAUUGAACUGUGUUGCGUUAAGUAACCCGUCUACCGUUUGCCUAUUGUUUCAUCAAUGAUUUCUGCAAAUGUAGUUACAAGUGUAAAUUGUUACACAUUUGGAUUAGCCAGUCUGAGCUGUGAAGAGCAGCUGUCUGCACCAGAAGUCAUGACCUAAAAUGCACAAAUGGACCAAAUUUGUUAUUUAAGUACCUGGUUUAAAAUACAGUCUCUGAAAAUUUGCCACAAGUUAAGUACUUAAUACUGGAUUAUUCACAGGAUUUCUGUUUUAAUUAAAGCACAGGAAUUUGUUUGGCAGAGACCACUAGAAGCGAGGUUGUCCUUGACUAUUAAGGCCAAUUAAAGCAAUGAUGUCUGUUGGAUACAUUUUACACAAUACACAUCAAUAACCAAUUUUUAAAAAUCUACAUAUCUCCAAAGUACCUUGUAUACAUGUAAACAGGUGUUCUCACAAUGUUAUAUUGCAGAACUACAUUGAAUGUACAGAGAUUUAUUUUGUUUUGAUAUGAAUACU